AAUAUAGUUUAUUAGACCAAGGCUUUGAUGGCAAUCUAGACCUCGGAAGAAUUAAUGAUUUAGUUUUGCGCUUUAUUUCCAAACCGGAAGAUUUUUAUUCCUUUUGAGCAACUAUGACAGCAAGGCGUACAAGUUAGUAACGGUGUCAGAGUUGUCGUUCUUUGCAAACAUGGAUGUGACGUCACUAGAAUUCGUGGAUCCCUCGGGACUCAGCGAUAUUGAGGAAAACUUGAAGAAAAGAAUAGAGAAAAAUGAAAGAUUACUGGAAAGAAAAACCAAACAUCUUAAAAGGUUUGUUAAUGAAACAACUUCAGGACUUGAAGAGUUCAGAGCCUCUGUAUUUGAGAGGGAAAUGGAGAAUUUGAAACCGUGUAUUGAAAAAACAUCGAAAUAUUUAACUGAAACUAACAUAAAGCAAGGAAAUUUACAGCGAAAAUUUUACACGAAAAAUCACCACGCAAAUGAAGACAAAAAGAGACGGAAAUCUCCAAUGAAAGAAGAAAUGUGUAUAAGUUAUCCUAUUGAACUUAUUGAGAAGGCAGAAGCAACUCGAGUGUGUUUGGGUAAGUGUCUUCGACAGCUCCGGGUUGAGCGCGUUAAUGAAAUUAAUCCUGGUGAUCACUUAGUGUAUCAACGUCCAGGAUAUCAACAUCAUGCUGUCGUUGUUGAUAUCAGGAAUGUGGACGACAUGACAGCUGAUUUAACGGUGAUACACAAAAGUGGCAACGGCUUAGACGUGAUCAACGGAAUAAUGAGGUAUAUUUGUACAAUUGGCCAAAGUAGUCCUAAGGGUCGACUAAAAGAAGAAAAGUUUGAAUGUGUAAAUGUCAAAGAAACAUGUUUGUACAUAAUUAAGUACAAAACCAAUCCUUAUUCCCCUGAUCAAAUCAUUCAGAGAGCACGUGAUCAAUUGGACAAAUCAAAAUCUUCAGAAUAUAAUUUAGCCAAAAACAACUGUGAACACAUCGUUACUUGGUGUGUGACUGGUGAGUUUUACAGUGACCAAAUCAACAGUUUAUGGAUCAAUGUUAUGAACAAGUUCAAGCCUUUCUGUGAGGACACUGCCUCUAUGGAGAAGGUAGAAGACAUGAGACGAUGUGAAUUGAUAUGUGAUGAAUGUUAUUCCAAUUGUAAAGAAGUAAAAACAAAGUUAUGAGCAUUUUUAUU